AUGUCGGCAGCUGCCUGUACCGCCGUACUGAAGCAAGAGUUCCCAUCCAUCGAUGGGGAACUGCUAACGUAUGUGGAAACGGUGCUCCAGAGCAGUGCGGAUGAGUUCGAGAACGGUGAGGAGGUGUAUGAAGCGGUUGGUGCGAUUCUGCACGAGGUGUCACAGGAUAAAUCCGAGGACGAUGUGCGUGAGAUCUGUGACAAAUUCCUGCGGCUGUUGAAACCCUCGAAUGGAACGGUUGGUGUGAAUGGGGACGGCGAUGGGGGUGGGGGCGGAUCAGAGAAGCACAAGAAAAUUCUGUCCGCACCCAUUAAUCUGGGGGAGAUGGCAGCAACGCAGGAAGUGGCGAAUGACGAUAUGCACAGCAUUUGGGUGGUGCAGCGAGACGACAGCCUUAAAGUGGAUAGUAAAAAGCUGGAAAAGGCCGAAGCGAAGCGUCAACAGAAGUUGGAAAAGCGACAGGAAGUGAAGGCGGCGGCCGCUGCAACUGCGGCAAUCGUACCGGUGCUGCAGACCGCCACAGCCUCACAGGUGAUUAGUAAAAAGGACAACAAAAUGGAAUCGAAAGGCACGAACCGUUCGAUGGACAUUCGGAUCGAUAACUUCGACGUUUCGUUUGGAGACAAAACGUUGCUUCAGAAUGCGGAUCUACUGUUGGCGGCCGGACGAAGGUACGGGUUCGUUGGGCGCAACGGUCUUGGCAAGACGACACUGCUGAAGAUGAUCUCGGGCAAGCAGCUGCAAAUUCCCAGCCACAUAUCGGUACUGCACGUCGAGCAGGAGGUGGUCGGCGAUGAUACGACCGCGCUGGACAGUGUGCUCGAGGUGGAUACGGUUCGGACGGAUCUGCUGCAGCGAGAACGCGAACUAAACCAGCUCGUUGCGGCCGGUUCAACCGAAGCCAACCUGGGCAACGAACUGUCCGAAGUGUACAAUCAGCUGCAGGCAAUCGAAGCGGAUAAAGCACCGGCCCGUGCCUCGAUCAUCCUGAAUGGGUUAGGUUUCACGAAAGAGAUGCAGGCUCGCGCCACUCGUACCUUUUCCGGUGGUUGGCGUAUGCGUUUGGCGCUGGCGAGAGCGCUAUUCUCCAAACCGGACCUGCUGCUGCUGGACGAACCGACCAACAUGUUGGACAUAAAGGCAAUCAUCUGGCUGGAGAACUAUCUACAGAAUUGGCCCACCACGCUACUGGUAGUGUCGCACGAUCGUAACUUCCUCGACACCGUACCGACCGACAUACUGUACCUGCACUCGAUGCGGAUCGAAACGUUCAAGGGCAACUACGAACAGUUCGACAAAACGCGCACCGAACGGCACAAGGCACAGAGGCGUGAGUACGAAGCGCAGCUGGCUCAUCGCAACCACGUGCAGGAGUUUAUCGAUCGGUUCCGGUACAAUGCGAACCGGGCCGCGAGCGUACAAUCAAAGAUUAAGAUGCUGGAAAAGCUCCCCGAACUGAAACCGGUGGAAAAAGAAAUUGAAGUGACGCUUAAAUUCCCCGAAGUAGAACCACUCAAUCCGCCCGUGAUGACACUGAACGAGGUGCAGUUUAAGUACAGCGCAGAUAAGGUGAUAUUUACGAGCGUUAAUUUGGGUGCUAACCUGGAUUCGAGGAUAUGCAUCGUCGGUGAAAACGGUGCCGGUAAGACAACACUGCUGAAGAUUGUCGUGAGCCUGCUGCAACCGACGGGCGGUUUGAUCCAUUUACAUCGUGGCCUUCGGCUCGGAUACUUCUCCCAGCAUCACGUCGACCAGCUGGAUAUGACUGUAAACAGCGUGGAACUGCUGCAGAACGCGUACCCGGGCAAACCGAUCGAAGAGUACCGGCGUGUACUGGGAAGUUUCGGUGUAUCUGGCGAUCUUGCACUCCAAGUUGUCGCUAGCUUAUCCGGAGGUCAAAAAUCUCGUGUCGCAUUCGCAAAAAUGUGUAUGGGCCGACCGAACUUUCUGGUGCUGGACGAACCGACGAAUCAUCUGGACAUCGAAACGAUUGAAGCGCUUGGAAAAGCGAUCAACAAGUACAGCGGCGGUGUAAUUCUAGUGUCUCACGACGAGCGAUUGAUUCGUAUGAUUUGCAAGGAGCUGUGGGUUUGCGGUGACGGCACAGUGAAGAGCAUCGAGGGAGGCUUUGACGAGUACCGCAAGAUUGUCGAGCGUGAGCUGGAAGCAUUGGCUGCCUAA